CACCCUCCCUCCCCACCCCCGGGACCCCCAGCCCCGUGUGUGAGUGAGUCCCGGAGCCCGGCCCGUGCCCUGUGUAUGGCAGCCCCCUCCUCCCUCACCCCCUCACUCCUGCUGGUGCUGCUGCUGCUGUUCUGCCGGAGCCCGGGGGCUCGCUCCCAUUGCGGUGCGGGGCUGCGGAGGGUCACCUCCCCCCGACGCCAGCAGCAGCUGAGCCCGGGCUGCAAUGGGGUGCUGCACAGGACGCUGUACCUUCACCAUCCUCUGCACCUUCCAGCUGCUGGCAGCAUUGGAGAGACAGAUCUUUGAUUUCCUGGGUUACCAGUGGGCUCCCAUUUUGGCGAACUUCCUUCAUAUAAUCGUGGUCAUUUUGGGCCUGUUUGGGACAAUUCAGUACAGGCCGCGCUACAUUGUGGUGUAUUCUAUCUGGACGGCUUUGUGGGUGGCCUGGAAUGUAUUCAUUUUCUGUUUCUAUUUGGAAGUUGGAGGACUCUCUAAGGAUAGUGACCUGAUGACCUUUAAUAUCUCCAUGCAUCGCUCGUGGUGGAGGGAACAUGGACCAGGUUGUGUGCGGAAGGAACUGACUGCGGCGGCCAGUAAAAGCCAAGAUGAUCGCACUUAUAUCUCAGUGACAGGCUGCAUUGUUGACUUUCAGUAUCUUGAGGUUAUUCACAGCUCCUUCCAAAUACUACUGUCACUGAUUGGCUUUGUCUAUGCCUGCUAUGUGAUCAGUGUUUUCACCGAGGAUGAGGACACCUGUAAGUACUGAAAGCCCAUCCAUCUCUGGAUCACUCUCGGGUCGAAGUAAAUGACAGACAACAAAUGAUCAUGAAUGACUAGGCUCCUGCUGAAGAUGUAUUUCAAACGACAGUUCCGAAUCAAGAGAAAGCAUUAUCAGGUGUGGGCACGUACACCCACAAAAUAAUUCACUUCUGACCAAAACUCAAGUCAAGGACUAAUUUUUAGGCAUUUCCAAGUCGAUUAUGAAAUGUUACUUGGUUCUGCUUACUGACUGUUUCUUGUCCUAUGCUGUACAAUAACUGUAUCUAAUAUGGAGCAUCCAGUUAAAACAGAUAUACUGAAGCAACCAAUAAAUUCAGUACAGUCAAGUGAUUUGUUUCAGGUAAG